GUUGUCAGCGGUGGAAGCUUGGCAACUGGCCCAUCCUCUUCCCAUGGAGGACAGAGGCUUAACAGCCUUUGAAGAGGACCGUAGAUGCCUGUCCUGGAGCCUCCCCUUGCCAGCGCCAGCAGAAAACCUAGCCGCACAGACCGCUGCUGAGCCCAGCAAGUCAUUUUCCUCGGCCCAUAGACACCUGAGCAGGAGGAAUGGACUUUCCAAACUCUGCCAGAGCCGGAUGGCACUCUCUGAAGACAGAUGGAGCUCCUACUGUCUGUCAUCAUUGGCUGCCCAAAAUAUUUGUACAAGCAAGCUGCACUGCCCUGCUACACCCGAACACAUGGACCCAGCUGGAUCCCAGGGCAGCAUGUCUUGCUGCUCUCUGCUCCGGGGCUUGUCUUCAGGGUGGUCUGCACCCCUGCUCUCAGCCCCUGUGUGCAACCCUAACAAGGCUGUGUUCACUGUGAAUGCCAAGACCACAGAGAUCCUGGUUGCCAAUGACAAAGCUUGCAGGCUCCUGGGGUACAGCAGCCAUGACCUGAUUGGCCAGAAGCUUAUGCAGUUCUUUCUUAAGUCAGACUCAGAUGUGGUCGAAGCCCUCAGUGAGGAGCAUGUGGAGGCUGAUGGCCAUGCUGCUGUGGUUUUUGGCACAGUGGUGGAUAUCGUCAGCCGCAGCGGGGAGAAGAUUCCAGUGUCCGUGUGGAUGAAGAGGAUGCAGCAGGAGCACAGCCUGUGCUGUGUGGUAGUCCUGGAGCCUGUGGAGAGGGUCUCAGCCUCAGUCGCUUUCAAUAGCGAUGGCAUCAUCUUAUCGUGUGACAGUCUCUUUGCUCAUCUCCACGGGUAUGCAACUGGGGAGGACGUGGUUGGGCAACGCAUCACAGAUCUGAUCCCUUCUGUGCAGCUUCCUGCUCCUGGCCAGCGUGUCCCAAAGAAUCUCAAGAUCCAGAGGUCUGUUGGAAGAGCCAGGGAUGGCACCACCUUUCCUCUGAGUUUAAAACUGAAAUCUAAACCCAGCACCGAGGAGGCAGGUGGCUGCAAGGCGGACCCCACCUGGGGCUUCUCAGCUUCUGUCUGGGUGUUUUGCACCAUCAGCGGUCUCAUCACUCUCCUGCCCGAUGGUACCAUCUACGGCAUCAACCACAGCUUUGCACUGAUGCUGUUUGGUUAUGGAAAGACAGAACUCCUGGGCAAGAAUAUCACUUUCCUGAUUCCUGGUUUCUACCGCUACAUGGACCUUGCAUGUGACAGUUCUCUUCAACUGCCAGACUUGGCCAGCUGCCUAGACAUCAGCAAUGGGAGUGGGCCUAAGGAGACAGCCUUGGACCCUUGGCAGGGCCAAAAACUGACUGGUGGGCCCCAGGAUCUGAGGGUUAAUAUUGUGCUUGCUGGUGACCACAUUCUACCAGGAGAUGAGACCCUGAAGCUAGUGGGAAACCAAGAAGUCUUCACUGGGACUCAGAACCAGCCAGGACCAGGAGGCCCGCUCCCUUCCCCCCCCUCAUCUCAGCCUACUCCCAGGGUGGACAACAUCCCAGAAGGAAGCCUGACAGCCCAUAGUGAACAGUCAUUGUCAGAGUCCCAGCAAAGCACUACCUUGAGGAAAAAGGAACCUGCAGCAAUAGAGAGCCCUAAGCAGGAUCUUUUGGGAGAAAGCAGGUCUGAACCAGUGGGUACAAAACCACUUGCUUCAUGUGAUGAUUCUGAAACUCUAGUCCCAGCUGAAGACAGGAGCAGUGACGUUGAAGUGUGUGGCCUGUGUCAUGAGGCACAACUGGGACUGAUGGGUUUCAGUACUCCCAGCAAUUCACACCCUUGGACUGAUGCCACCGUGGCCGAGCCCCAUGCCAUGGGUCAGCCUGUAGUGGGGGAUCUCCCAAUGCCCUGCCCUUGUUACAGGAGUGAGUGGGACCUACAGCAGCGAGGCCAGGACUUGGCUUCUAGCCCCUCUGGGAUGGCUUGUGUCUCAUUUGGGACGCCUACUCUGGAUGAGCCAUGGCUGGGAGUUAAAAACAACAGAGAAGAAUUGCAGACUUGCUUAAUUAAAGAGCAGCUGUCUAGGUCAAGCUUUGCGGGAGCCCUGGACAUCUCUCAUAUUGAGCUAGUCCCAGCAGAGCACCCGCCUUUCACAGCCCCUGUUUCAUUCUGUGAUCUAGGAGGCAGAGACUUGCAUGGUGGCCAUACAGGGAGCUCCUCAGCCUGCUAUGCUUUGGCCACAGACCUCCCCAGCCUGGAAGCAGUGGAGGUUCAAGAGGCUGACAUGAAUUCGUUUUCCUGGAACCUCAAGGAACUCUUUUUCAGUGACCAAACAGACCGAACGUCAUCAAAUUGUUCCUGUGCUACGUCUGAACUUGUAGGGACACCGUCUCCCUCAGCAGUGAGCUCCGAUCUAGAUGUGGGCAAUCUCCAGGGACAGGGAUCAUAUGUCCCAGAUGACAGGGAGCUGUUACUACUGACUGGCACCUGUGUUGAUCUUGGUGAAGACCUACGGUUCCGAGAGAGCUGUCUGGGACAUGAUCAAACCGAGAUAUUUUGGGUGUCCUCUGAACAUUAUGGUGCUAAUGACAGAGAAAGCCCAGGCUACAUCCCUCCUGUGUUGGAUGCUAGUCCCCAGGAUGUACACCUGUCAGCAGAGGAGACAAGGCCAAGCGUCCAGGUCACUUCCACACCUGUGGUGCCUGGGGCUGCCAGCCUGCAGCAGGAGAUCCAGGAGGGCACUUACUCGGGGAGCUGCUACCACAGGGAUGGCUUGAGGCUGAGUAUACAGUUUGAGGUGAGGAGAGUGGAGCUCCAUGCCUCUGCAUCCCUGUUCUGCUGCUGGCUGGUGAAAGACCUCCUCCACAGCCACCGAGACUCAGACACCAGGACACGCCUGCUCCUCGCCAGCCUGCCCAGCUCCACCCACUCCCUGGCUGAGCUCCCCGGAUCCGGCCUGGGGGAGAUGCUGAGAACCAAGUCCUGGUUUGAGGAGCCACCCAGGGCUGUAGAGCUGGAGGGGCUGGCAGCCUGUGAGGGCGAGUACUGCCACAAGUACAGCACCGUGAGCCCGCUUGGCAGUGGAGCCUUUGGCUUUGUGUGGACCGCGGUGGAUAAGGAAAAAAACAAGGAGGUGGUGGUGAAGUUUAUUAAGAAGGAGAAGGUUUUAGAAGAUUGUUGGAUUGAGGAUCCCAAACUUGGGAAAGUUACUUUAGAGAUAGCAAUUCUAUCCAAGGUGGAGCAUGCCAAUAUCAUCAAGGUUUUGGAUAUAUUUGAAAACCAAGGAUUCUUUCAGCUAGUGAUGGAGAAGCAUGGCUCUGGCUUGGACCUCUUUGCUUUCAUUGACCGCCAUCCUAGGCUGGACGAGCCUCUGGCAAGCUACAUCUUCCGACAACUGGUGUCGGCAGUGGGAUACCUGCGCUCGAAGAACAUUAUUCAUCGGGACAUCAAGGAUGAAAACAUCGUGAUUGCUGAAGACUUUACAAUUAAGCUGAUAGACUUUGGCUCAGCUGCCUACUUGGAAAGGGGCAAAUUAUUUUAUACUUUUUGUGGAACCAUUGAGUACUGUGCACCUGAAGUUCUCAUGGGGAAUCCCUACCGAGGACCAGAGCUAGAAAUGUGGUCACUGGGAGUCACGCUGUACACUCUGAUCUUUGAGGAGAACCCCUUCUGUGAGCUGGAGGAAACAGUGGAGGCUGAGAUACACCCACCGUACUUGGUAUCUGAAGAACUCAUAAGCCUUGUGUCUGGGCUGCUGCAGCCAGCCCCUGAGCAGCGCACCACCUUGGACAAGCUGGUGAUAGACCCGUGGGUGAUACAACCUGUGAACCUAGCUAACUACACAUGGGAAGAGGUGUGUCCAGUAAACAAGCCAGAAGGUGGAGCUCUGUCAACUGCCAGUCUGGAGAUGAGCACUAGGAGUCUCAAUGAAGCAUCUCAGACUCAGGAGCAUUGUGGGGGCCCUGCCCCAGGGGAGGCUCCUAACAGCCAGUGCUAUUAACAUCAUAGGGACACCUCUCCACUGAUGGGCUGAAAACUAGCUUCUUGCUGCUCUUUUCCAUUUAAUUAGGAAAAUCAUAUGGUUUUCAGACCCCAUCUAUUUGGAGAAGAUAAAUGCUCAAGAAUUAGGCCCAAUUCGCCUUCUAGGAACUCAUGUGCAAGUUUGAUAAAUGCCAGAACAAAAGCCAGUAAUACUAUAUUAUUAUAAGUUUAUAAAAUAGACUUGGAAUUAACUUCUUUUCAUGACCUAGAAAAACAUUGCAGUGUUCAAUUGUUUUAUACUAUUAAGGGGCUUUUGAUUUGUGAACUUCUGACAGCCAUUAAAGAAUGUUUUAAUUCUCUACUUUUGUGUAUAAUGCAUAUGUUUUGUUUCAUCUGACUUGGCAUAUGUUUAUCUGAGCAAUAGAUACCUGAAAUAUGCAGAAUUAGUUUGC